AAUGAAUCAGUGGAACUGGACAAAAACAAACUGUGCAACGGUUGUGAUGAAAAUAUUCCAGCAUCCUUUUACUGUGUGGAGUGCAGUGAAUGGCUGUGUGAUCAGUGCACUCAGGCACACAAGAGAGUCAAGAUAACCAAAGACCACACAAUCGAAGCCAAAGAGCUUGCAUUGGCCACAAGAUCAGAAGAAUUGAGGAAUGGUGUGGGGAACUACGAUGGCAAGACAUCUUCGUCAUCUUCAUCGUCCAUCAAUCCCGCAUUUCUAUGCAACAUUCACCCUCAGGAACAACUGAAACUGUAUUGCUGCACCUGCCACAAGAUGACAUGCAGAGAUUGCCAGCUGAUUGAACACAAGGACCACAAGUAUCAGUUCAUUCAGGAGGCAGCCUCAUCCUAUAAAGACAUUUUGAAGUCCCUGCUGAUUAAAAUUAAGGAGAAGCAGACCUACAUUGAAAAUGCUAAGAAUCUUAUAGACAAGCGUAACAAAGAGAUCAAUCAGAAAGAGAACUGUGUUGUCAAUGAGGUUAAAGCUUUUGCAAUGGGUUUGAUAUCACAAAUUAAUCACAAAUGCCGACAAUUAGUUGGUGAUUUGCAGUCAAUAUGUCUGGCAAAAAAGAGACAACUUUUGCAGAAGGAAGCUGAAAUAAGUUGUUUGUUUGAUAGUUUGGAUCAUGGACUUCUGUUUGCUGACUAUUUAUUAUCCUCCAACGACGAUAUGCAACUGCUCUAUUCUUACCAUCUGGUCGCAAAUCGACUGAAAACAGUUCUGAAAACUCGUUGCGAGGUG